AGCUGGUGUCUGUACAUGUCCGCUGCUACCGCAAAUCGCCGAACUCCUGGAGAUUUCCUCAGAGAGGUACGUGGGUGCGGAGUGCGGGUUCGACUUAACGACGGUACCGACUACACCGGCCAACUCCUAGCCUUGGACGGCUUCAUGAAUCUAGCAAUGGAUGAUGCUAUCGAGUUUCCUGAUGGUGUUAACAGCGGCUCGGAGGGACGUCGUUAUGGCCAGGCUGUUAUUCGCGGCAACAACGUACUCUACAUCAGUAUGCUUGAGCGGAAACAGGAGGAGGAGCAGGCAGAUGAUGCUGCGGUUGAGAAGGCGUGAAGUGGAGUCUGUCAUCUUCAACAGCGUUUCCAUUAUGC